GCCAGCAUCUAGGGAGGGAUUGUACCAUGGCGAGGCAUGAGGUGUCCUCCCCUGGGGGACGUAUGACCCGAGAACAUCUGGAAGUCAAAGAGCAUCAAGGCAGCCAAGAGCGUCGUUCCUAGCCUUCAAGAGGCUUACCGCACCUUCGCUCGGAUGAAAGUACAGGAAGACAUCUACGCUUUCUUCCUCGAUAGAUGGGAAGGCAUAAUGGCGAGGUAUGAGGUGUCCUCCCUUGGGUGACGGAUGCCCCUGGGGUUGUGCUCGCGAAGGUUGAUGAACCGACCGGUUUCCCUUGCCGCCGCACUUGCCCGCGCCGAGGCGAGGAGGACAAGGCCUAGCUUGCCUAUUGGUGCCGUGGCGGGCUCGUGCCGAGGACGACCGCAGAUUCCCGUCACUGCCUCGGCGUACCAUGGUGAUCUUAUGACACAGAGCCUGCUGAGGAUUCGGCCUAUGCUUUCGGUCCUCGAGAUGAUCGUCGUACUCGCGACAAUCGUGGUUAUGAUCGCGGACGGAGCAACGAUGGAAAGAUUCGAAGCCGUGACAACAACCGCAGCUCAUUCCGCGGCGCUUCACGACAAAAUGAUGACCGUUCCCAGAACAGAUAUCCCAAAACGAGGGACAAGUCAACGCCGCGUUCCUGCGGGCGCACGAGAUUCAGAUUCGAUGCUACCGACCGCGGCAACGGGAGAUGCGGGCGCGCCAGAAGCAUCGCAAGCUUCGGGCAAAGCAAACAAGGGAGGACCGAGCAAACAUAGACAAUCGGCUUUUCACCCUCCUUCUCCAGUGUGACUACGUAUACGCCCCACGGAAUGGUAGCAUAAACGGAACACUGGGGCAGCGUUCAUUUAGUCGAGGGGCAGUGUUGCAGCGUUCUUCCAGCGAGGGGCAGUGUCAGAGUCGAACUAGGUACCUCUUUAUAUCUAUACCUAGGAGGGCUAUGGAACUUUCCUAGUACACUCUAUACUUAAUUCU